AUGGAAUACCUAGCAUUUGCCAUCGUGGCAAUGCUAUUCGUACUUCCACUUCCCGGAUCUAGCCAGUUUCUGGAGCCAAAUUGUGGGAUACGAAGUAAACCAAAUGCAGUAAGGGUCAUUAAUGGCAAACUAGCGAAAUAUAACUCGAGUCCGUGGAUGGUAUUUCUUAAAUCAACUGAUGAUAUUUUCGUGUGCGGCGGAACUUUGAUCACAAACAGACUGGUACUGACUGCAGCGCACUGCCUUCAACCGAAUCAGACAUUGUAUGCUCGUCUGGGAGAGUACCAAAGAAGUCAAAAGCGCAAGUGCGUUGGAAGUUACUGCCAUGUUCGAGUACAUCACACAGUUAGCCAGGCUUUCAAGCCUCCCCUAUUCCACAGCAAAAUGUUUUGGAACGACAUAGCCAUUCUGCGACUAGAAAAACCUGUGAUUUACAGAGAUAACAUUAGGCCCAUCUGCAUUUUGGUGAAUCCUGCAUGGAAGAAGUAUAUCGACAGCAUCCAGAUACUGACCGGAACUGGAUGGGGCAUCACCGAGGACGGACAAGACAGCGAUGUGCUCAGGACCCUAGACAUACGGCGGCAGCCAGCAAGAGUGUGUCGCCAGUAUAUCGGUGCUAAUAUCGUGAGGAAUCAGUUCUGCGCCGGAAACGGAAACAGUAAUAUGUGCAAUGGCGAUUCCGGUGGUCCUUUAGGAGCACUGGUCCCCUAUAAUAACACCAUGCGCUAUGUCCAAGUCGGCAUUGCCAGCUUCACAGGGCCAAACUGCAAAUAUGCAAGUGUGUACACGGACGUUAUGAGCCACAUCGGCUUCAUUCUUAAGGUGUGGCGUUACCCCGCCAAUGAUACAUCCGUUUCUGUGGAGCACUGA